CAAACUGCCACAUCUCUCAAUUGAAGCCUUUCCGAUUCUUGUUGUGGUCUGCUGCCCGUUCCUUACGACCUCAGUUCCACCGUACACAUCCCAGCUGUCUGUGGUGUACGUCCGUCUCUCUCUGAACACGCGACGAAGCCGGUACGCCGUACUCAUCAUCCAAUCUGGAUACGAAAUCUACUUCGAUGAGGAGGUCUCAUCGCAAAUCUCGCAAUGGCUGCACUCAAUGCAAGGCUCGGCAUAUCAAGUGCAACGAAGUCAGACCUCAAUGUGGAAACUGCCAACGCUUGGACAUAACCUGCAGUCUUGCUCCCCAGGCCGCCGAUCCACGUCCACCUCUCACAUCGCACUUGCCAACUCCUCUCGGCACUCCGCCAAUCAUCCAGCCUGCCACCCAACCACUGUCGCUGCUAGAUCUGGAGCUAUACCACCAUUUUGUUUACCACUACAGUGCGUCGUUGAUCCCUGAUGUCGACCUCCGAAAUGAUGUCUUCGAGAAAAUUCUGGAGCAUAGUCUGUCCUAUGAAUUCCUGAUGCACAACUUCAUGGCUCUUUCGGCUCUGCAUCUUUACUCAAAGAAUCGCUCAAGAUCCGAGCUCUUCGAUCGAGCUUGCUAUCUGCAAGGUGUUGCCAUUCAGCAGGUCCAACCAAUCAUUGCCAAUUUGAGCGAGCAAGACUCUUUAGCCGCUUUGUUGUUUUCAAGUCACACGUCUGCAUUCGGUUUGGCCGAGUUCAUGCUGAAUCCCCACCACGAUGAUACCGAUCCAAUCGAUAAGAUUGUCGAAUGCUUCCAGCUGAGUCGAGGCAUCAAAGUCGUGGUGUCGCCCUUCUGGCCUUACCUGAGUCAGACGUGGCUCAAACAACUCCUUUCCCAAAGAGACAACAAGGAGGACAGCGUUCGUGCCACACUCGCAUCCGAGUUUCCCACGUACUCGAUGGUGCGCUCGUUGGCGUUCGGUCAGGAAGCCACGGAGCGACGUAAGUGCUGCCUGGAAACGAUCGAAGACAUCUUCACAUCCAUAGGAGCUGUGUUGCAGCAUCCAGAGGAUUACCCGACUAGCGCACAUCUCAUCGAUCAGUGGGUCGUGAAACUGCCUAACGAGAUCAAAGACAUGUUGGUCGAACGGAGGCCUGUCGCGCUGAUAAUCUUGGCAUACUGGGCCGUGUUGACGACUAUCAAUCCCAGGCCAUGGCAUUUACGGGGCCUGGCUGAAGUCCUGAUCACGAGAAUAGAAAACAUUCUUGGUGGAGAAUGGGCAGAGUUCCUCCGUUGGCCGCGAGAGAAGAUUGCAGAACACGCUCGAGCAGCACAAGAAACACCAGCUCAGACACCUCGUUUCGAUAACCGAAACGUCGACAGUCAGUUAGGUGGUAUGCAUCUAUCACGUGAGUCAUCUUUUGGUCACUCCAAUGCCGGAGCGCAACAUCCUCAACCUUCGCCAUACAAUGUGCCGAGUAAUCACGUCAGCCCGUAUAGUGCAAGUAACCACCCGAGCCCGUAUCCUCCGCCGAGCAAUCAACCUAGCCCCUACAACACGGGGAGCAACCACGCCAGUCCUUACAGCCAGGGACCACCGACAGGAUGAUGCGUUGAGUAUCAGCCAGCAGACAUCAUAUUUGCCCAAGAGAUUGCCUUCAGAAUGUGUGUACGGAUGACUGGUAC